ACGUUGCCAGCAAUGUUGAGCGAAUGCUCGACUUAACCUGAAAUGCGUCACGUUCCGUAGCAGCACAUUUUGAGCGUAUUUAUGCAUAUUUAUAAUAAUGAGAACGUAAAUAUUUGUACGUAUCGUUAAUUUUACAUGAAUUUGUAGCAUAUUUAUUAUUAUUAUUAUUAUUAUUAUUUUUCUUCGACCAAUCUCGUCAUUCUCGAGGGGGCCGGAGGGGGGAAAGAAAUUCGGCGGUCUCGUUUCAUUAUCGGGAAACAUGGACACCGUGAGUCUGUACGAUUCGAAGAUCUGUCGGUUGUGCGCGGCGGAAAACGGCAACGAACAUCUGUUCAUCAACGAGACGGGCGAGUCGGAUUUGUGCUCGCUGGUGAAUCGUUAUCUGCCACUCAAGGUUCGAGAUGAUGGCAAGUUACCGCAAACAAUUUGUCCAGGCUGUAACAUUCAGCUGGCAGCAACUGUGCAGUUCUUUGAUCUGCUGGUGGUUGGUCAGCGCAAGUUGCGUGACCUCUGGAAGUAUCAGGUUGAGCAGCAGCGCAGGGCAGAACGUUUACGCAAUAAGGAGAGCGCAGAGUUUGCAGCAGAAGUAGAGGGAGUGGAAGUGGAUAGUACGGCUGCUUGCAAUGAGGAUGAACAGUAUGAACAGCAAAUUAUCAUCAAAAUAAUGCCAGAUGGAUCUGUGUACGCUGCAGAGCAUGAAAUAAGUUUACAAAUGGAAGGCUUAACUAAGCCAAGGAGAAAACGCGGACGUCCACCCAAAGCACAAACAGAGGCCGAAUCUUUGACAAAAGAGAAUGUGGAAGUUGUGAGUCAAGGUGAGGAAGAUAAACAAGAGGAAGAGCUGGAAGAAGUAGAUGGUGAUGGUAGGCGUAGGAGGAAACGCAAAGUUCCUAAAAGAUUUAUGGAAGCGGUGCAAGGAAAGGAAUUAGAAAGAAUAUUCAAAGAAGAGGGUGUAAUCGAGGAAGAUGACGAUGACUUCGAGAUGCUUGAUGAUUCUGAAGAACCAUUAAAUGCUUCUAUCCAGGAUGGUCAGAAAGAAGUAAUUGGUCGUUACGAAACGCAGGAGGGUAAAAAUUUGGGUGAAGUAACCGCGAAUCGUGGACGAGCACGGUCAAAGUCGAAGCUUCGUCGUCGAAAAAAUAAAUUUACAUGUCAGCUCUGCGGCAGAAAUUUUCUACAACGUAGCAAAUAUUUAAUACACAAAAAUUUCCAUAAAAGCAUCAAGUACGAGUGCACACAAUGUAAGACGCUUUUUGAUAGUAAGGAGAACCUGGCGUUACAUCAAAAAACGGCUCAGCAUAGCUCAAAUCCCGCUGAAGAAAAUAUUGAAGUACAAGAAUCGUUUGAGAAAUUAGAGACACAAAGUUCGGAGCAGGACUACUCUACGACGACGAUGAAGGAAGAUUCUAGUGCUGCAAUUUAUAUGUGCGAAAGAUGCGACAAGCAUUUCGAAUCGAAACAAGAGUAUGAACUACACAUGAAAUUGGUGCAUGAACUGCAGAGAUUUACGUGUAACGUGUGCAACAAGGCCUUCACAAACCAGUCGAAUUUGACAAUGCACAUGGCUACACAUGAGCAAACUAAGUCAAACAAGGGAUUUCCCUGUGAUAUCUGUGGCAAAGUCUUAAAUCAUCCCAGUUCCGUCGUGUAUCAUAAGGAAGCCGAACACAACAAUGGACGUCGUUUCGUCUGCAACAAAUGUAACAGGAGUUUCAAGCACAAGCAGUUGCUCCAGCGACAUCAGUUGGUGCAUUCGGACGAUCGACCCUACGUUUGCAAGUCCUGCAGUGCCAGCUUUAAGACAAAGGCAAAUCUUAUCAAUCAUCAGUCCACUCACACUGGUGAGAAGAGAUAUUACUGCGAGCGUUGCAACCAACAGUUUGCACACAAGACCAGUUUGACGUUGCAUCAAAGAUGGCACGAUGGUGAAAAGCCGUACACUUGCCAAGUUUGCCACAAGAGCUUCUCACAGAAUGGCAAUUUGCAGGAACAUAUGCGAAUUCAUACUGGUGAGAAGCCGUACAGCUGCGAAUUUGCGAGAGAAAGUUUACGACGUCCUCGCAGUUUAAGCUGCACGUGAAACGUCAUACUGGUGAACGACCGUGGAAAUGCGAGUUCUGUACAAAAUGCUUUCUGCAUAAGGAUACGUGGAA